GCAGUGUUUCGAUCAGCUCACGAGGAGAACUUGCAAACCGCCGUUAGAAAACAAGGAGAAGAAGAAAAGAUGUUUCGGUAAUGCACCUACAAGUUGGUUUGCCAACCGCCAAUAAACACCCAAGAGAAAGAAGAAGAGAAUUGUUUGUGUGCCACCAAGUUGUUGUUUUUCUCUAUGAAGCCAUCUCUUCAUACAAGCUGAUUCCAACUCUCUACAAUGACGUCAGCAAAGGGAGAAGCCCCGGCCAAAACUGGUGAUGAUUUGCCUUUUUAACAGACUCAGCCCUGAGUGAGAAGCUCAUAAUUUUUAAAGUGUUACAAUGUCUGUGCCAAAGAGGAAUUACAAAUGUGUUUUGGGAUGUAUCAAUGAACAUCAGAGUCUCCAUCGAGUCCCACAAUCUGAGUCACUGAAGACAUUGUGGUUAGAUUUCAUUUACAAUGGAAACAUUCAAAAGAAAGUACCUAAACUCUUAUACGUUUGCGGCAAUCAUUUUACACCGGACUGCUUCAAAAACAAGGGCCAGUUUAACGCUGGAUUUUCAGCAAGGUUGAUGCUGGAGAAUGGGUCGAUACCAACGCUUCGUUCUCAAACCUUAAAAUCAAAAUCAGAAGUGCAGAGCAGACAACCAGCAUCUCAAUGCUGUGCGCAGCAACAACAGACUGACACCAGAACCACACUACUCUCUACUCCAGUGUAUCAAGAGGAAAAGGUGCAUAGCGGACAACCUGCAUCUCAACACUGUGCUCAGCAACAACAGACUGACACCGGAACAACACUACUCUCUACUCCAGUGUAUCAAGAGGAAAAGGAUGUAUCUGAUGUCUCUGUCUGUGGCUUCACUGAUCAAACAUCUACAGAGCUUCUGGUUUCUGUCUGUUAUGGAGAAGAACAGAAGACAUCAUCAGUAAAUCUGCUGGACUGUGGAAUGGAGCUUAAACAAGAAAUCAAAGAAGAAGAAGAACAGACAGAUAAAGGGAAUUUGAUUUAUUCAGACCUGGUGAAGGUGAAAGAGGAAAAUUUUCAGUCGAAUGAAAUUGAGAAGGAACCUCAACAUUUUAAACCUGAAGAAGAGUCUCUGAGCUGCUUAAAUACUGAGAUUUUGUCAGAUAAAGAUUCUUUUAAGUGCUCUGGCUGUGAAAAAAUCUUCAACUGUCAGUCUGAUCUUAAUGCACACAUGCAAUUUUACAGUGGUGAAAAGCAUUACAGUUGUGACCAGUGUGAAAAAAUUUUCCUACAUAAAUCCAGCCUUAAUGUGCACAGGAAAAUUCACACUGGAGAAAUGCCAUACAGGUGUGAGCAAUGUGGAAAAUGCUUUAUUCAUAAGUUCGACCUUAAUGCACACAUGAAAAUGCACACUGGAAAAAAGCCAUUCAGAUGUGCCCGGUGUGGAAAACGCUUUAUUCGUGAGUUUAAUCUUGAAGCACACAUGCAAAUUCACACUGGAAUAAAGCCUUACAGAUGUGACCAUUGUGAAAAGAGCUUCACUCAUAAGUUUGACUUUAAUGUGCACAUGAGAAUUCACACUGGAUUAAAGCCUUACCCAUGUGAUCAGUGUGGAAAGAGCUUCACUCAUAAGUGUGACUUCACUGCGCACAUGAGAAUUCACACUGGAGAAAAUCUUUACACUUGUGAACGGUGUGGACGAACAUUCACUCGUAAGUCAAGUCUUGAUGCACACAUGCAUAUUCACAUGGGAACGAAGCCUUACAGAUGUGACCAGUGUGGAAAGAGCUUCAUUCGUAAGUUCGUCCUUAAAGUGCACAUGCGAAUCCACACUGGAGAAAAGCCCCGAAAUCACACUGGUGAAAAUGUUUACAAAUGUGACGAGUGUGGAAAGAGCUUUGUAAAUAAUUUCAGCCUUAACAUGCACAGGAGAAUUCACACUGGAGAAAAGCCUUACGUUUGUGGCCAGUGUGGAAAGAGCUACGCUCGUAAGUCCAGCAUUGAUGCACACAUACAAAUUCACACGGGGAUAAAGCCUUACAGUUGUGACCAUUGUGGAAAGAAAUUCCUUCGUAAUUUCGACCUUAAUAUGCACAGGAGAAUUCACACUAGAGAAAAGGGUUACAAAUGUAAACAGUGUGGACAGACCUUCACUUCUAAGUCUGACUGGUAUGUGCAUAAACAAAUUCACACUGGGAAAAACCCUUACAAAUGCAGUCAAUGUGGAAAGAGCUUCACUCGUAAGUUUGACCUUAAUGUGCACGUGCGAAGAAGCCACAGUGGAGAAAAACCUUACAGAUGUGAUGAGUGUGAAAAGAGCUUCACUUAUAAGGCUGCCCUUACUGUGCACAAGAGAAUUCACACUAGAGAAAAGCUUUACAAAUGUGACCAGAGUCCAUCAUUGUUGUAUCUUCGCAGCUGGAGUCCUACAAUGUCUACACCAAAGAGGAAUUACAAAUGUUGGGUUUUGGGAUGUACCAAUGAACAUCAGAGUCUCCAUAGACUGCCACAAUCUGAGUCACUGAGGACGUCAUGGUUAGAUUUCAUUUUUUAUGGAAAUGUCCCAAAGAGAGUACCUAGAAACCUACACGUUUGUGCCAAUCAUUUUACUGUGAACUGCUUCAAAAACAAGAGUCAGUUCAACGCUGGACUUUCAACCAGCUUGAUUCUGGAGAAUGAGUCUGUGCCAACGCUUCGUUCUCAAACCUUAAAAUCAGAACAUGAUGUAUCUGGUGUCUCUGUCUGUGGUUUCACUGAUCAAACAUCUACAGAUCUUCUGGUUUCUGUCUGUAAGGAAGAAGAAGAAGAGAAGAUAUCAGUAAAUCUGCUGGACUGUGGGAUGGAGCUGAAACAAGAAAUCAAAGAAGAAGAACAGACAGAUAAUGGGGAUCUGAUUUGUUCAGACCUGAAGGUGAAGUUGAAAAGUUUUCAAUCAAAUAACAUAGAGGAGAAACCUGAUCAUUUUAUACCUGGAGAAGAAUCUCUUAGCUGCUUAAAGACUGACGAUUUUUGUACUUGCUCUCGGUGUGGAAAAAUCUUCAGCUGUCAGUCCGACCUUAAUGCACACAUGCAAAUUUACACUGGAGAAAGACCUUACAGUUGUGACCAGUGUGGAAAGACCUUCACUCGUAAGUUCAACCUUGAUGUGCACACAAGAAUUCACACUGGAGAAAAACCUUAUAGAUGUGACCAGUGUGGAAAGAGCUUUACUCACAAGUCCAGACUUGAUGUGCACACAAGAAUUCACACUGGAGAAAAGCCUUACAGUUGUGACCAGUGUGAACAGAGCUUCCCUCAAAAGUUCAGCCUUAACGCGCACAAGUUGAUUCACGCUAAAGAAAAGCCUUAUGGAUGUAACAAGUGUGGAAAGAGCUUCACUUGUAAGUCCAGGCUUGAUUCUCACACAAGAAUUCACACUGGAGAAAGGCCUUACAGAUGUGACCAGUGUGGAAAGAGCUUCACUUGUAAGUCGAUGCUUGAUGUGCACAGGAGAAUUCACACUGGAGAAAAGCCUUACAAAUGUAACCAGUGUGGAAAGACCUUCACUCGUAAGUCCAACCUUGAUGUGCACACAAGAAUUCACACUGGAGAAAAACCUUAUAGAUGUGACCAGUGUGAAAAGAGCUUUACUCACAAGUCCAGACUUGAUGUGCAUACACGAAUUCAUACUAGAGAAAAGCCUUACAGUUGUGACCAGUGUAAACAGAGCUUCACUCAAAAGUCCAGCCUUAACGCGCACAAGAUGAUUCACACUGAAGAAAAGCCUUAUGGAUGUAACAAGUGUGGAAAGAGCUUCACUUGUAAGUCCAAGCUUAAUAUUCACACAAGAAUUCACACUGGAGAAAAGCCUUACAGUUGUGACCAGUGUGGAAAGAGCUUCACUCGUAAGUCGAGGCUUGAUGUGCACAGGAGAAUUCACACUGGAGAAAAGCCUUACAGAUGUGAGCAGUGCAGUAAGAGCUUUACUCAAAGAACUGGGCUUAAUUCGCACAGGAGAAUUCACACCGUGGAACAUUCACACAACCGGAGCAGUGGACAGCUAUUACUGCGGCGCCCAGGAAGCAACAAGGGAUCAGUGUCUUGCUCAAGGGCACCUCAGAGCCUCGAUCCGACAACUCUUGGGUAACAAGCCUGACUUUCUCAUCAUGAGGCCAUGACUGCCUCCUACACCAGUCUCCACAGUGGCACUGAGUCGUUGCUUGCAUGUGUUGAUCUGAAACAAACUUGCAUGCACCCUCAUAAUGCGAUUGUAAGGGGAUUUUGGCAAUAUCGCGACUAUGAUUUACCUCAUGUAAACACAAUACUUUGAUAAAAAUAAUCUGAGUAAACUCAUAGGGAUUGAGUAAGCUCAACAAGGAUUAGGCCUCACCUAGCCUCUGAAGGAAGUGACUUGUAAGGACUAGUCCUGCCAAGGAAGUAUCCUUGACAAUGAGAAACGGCCACCAGCCUUUUUUUGGAAAAGGGAAGGAUGCACCCAAAGUAAAAUCUUGGUUUUUGAGCUCGUCCACUUUGAACCACAUUCAGAGUUAGUCGAAAAAACAUUCAACGCAUGUAGUUGAAUGUGUUUGUAACAGCCACAAAAUGACCACCUACUCUUCGCCUACUCUUAUGUGAUGUACCAAGCACAUCGAUCCAGUAUGUGCAAAAUUUUUCUGUAAAUUCAAUUUUUUGAUGCAGGUGUUUAAAUGUGUUUUGGACUAUAUUCACUACAGCAAUUAAAGCUAAAAAAAAGUGUUUGAGUUUCUUGAUCUGUGAUUUGUAGAAUAUAGGAUUUGUGUACCUGCACUGAAGGAUUCUUGAAUUUGUAAUAGUUUGACGGAAAGAAAAAAUCUACAAUUUUGCAACUCCUAAAACAUUUUAUCUAUGACUUCAAAUCUACUGAUACAUCUGUGUGGCUAAUCUCUAUCACUUCAAAUCCCACGGUCCUGGCCGCUCAGUUAUUUUGCACCAAAAAGUACAAUAAAAUAAUAUCUUCAUACAGGGUUGGGCAAAAAUAGAUCAAAAUGGGUUUCAAAAUAAAGAUUUUGGACAAAACGAAACAAAAACUUUAAAAAACUUGUUUCAGAACAAAUGACAAGUUAUCUUAAUACUAGUUCCAAUGCUUUACAUCCAAAUUAUUUCGGUUUCCGUAUUAAUCACUCAACAGAAACAGCCAAUUGCUAUUUUGUUGAAAAAGUCAAGUCACUGUUUGAAAGAGGAGGUGUAGUUGGUGCUGUUUUUCUCGAUUUAAAAAAGCUUUUGAUACCAUUAAUCAAAAAAAAUUUAUUAUCUAAACUUAUUGCAAACUUUUUACUUCUCUGCAGGCACCAUUAAAUAGGUUGAAUAUUAUUUAACACAUCGAACUCAGUUUGUUAGAGUUAGGAAUCAACAAUCAGAUGCUUUUCCAUGUCUGCAGGUGUUCCUCAGGGCUCAAUCUUGGGUCCACUUUUAUUUUCCUUGUAUGUACAUGAUCUGCCAAACGUUUGUCUUAAUGUCAAUACCUAAAUGUAUGCAGAUGACACAGUAAUCUUUCUACAUGCCGACAAUCCAGCUCAAGCUGCUGAUCUGCUAACAAACGCAAAAUGGAAAAGAUUACAGAAUGGUUAAAUCACAAUUGUCUUCAAUUGAAUGUAUCCAAAUCUGUAUCUGUAGUCUCAGAUUUUAAAUAUCUUGAGUACACAUUGAUAAAAAUCUUAAUUUUAAAUCACAUAUUAAAAAAGUUUAUAAUCACAUUAAAUUUAACCUUCAAACUUUAGACAUGUUCGUAGCUGCAUGUCAACAAGGGCUGCAAUGAUGUUUAUGUACGUUUAUGUUUAUGUAUUAGAUUAUAUCCAAUAUCACCUAUAUUGCAUGACAAUUUGGUGGCAAGCAAGCAACCCUUCUUGCAAACCGUUAAUUUCCCUAUAUAAGAAAACUCUUAAAGUACUUGAUAAGACGGCCAUAAAUUAUCAUCAUUGUCAUGUUUUAAAAAAAAUACAAACUUUUAAGUUUCGAAAAUUGGAUUAGAUACACAAAUCUCUGCCUUAUGUACAAAAUUUAACAUGGACUGGGCCUCGUGUACUGAGCCAGUUUGUAAAUGUUGUACCAAAUACAAACAGAUGCACAAGGAGUGCAGCAAGAGGUGACUGUCCCUUUGAGGAAGAGUGUAUUUGGCCAAACAGCCUUUUCUGUCAGGGCCGUUCGUAAAUGGAACCUUAUUCCAACACAUUAGGAAUUUUAAAACUUCUGCUUCUUUUAAAUUUCAUUUAGAGAAGUGGCUAAUAGAAAAUCAAGACUGUCAACACUACACGUAGACACUACAUCUUGACUGUCCUGACCGCUUGUGCCACUUGUGCUAUUGUUAAUUGUGUGUGUAGAUGAGUAUGGAGUUGAUGUUAAUAUUGACUAAUGGUGCUUACUUAUGUACUGAUUUUUUUUUUUACUUAUACCAAUGGUUAUUUGUAUCGAAUUAAACUUGUAUGUACGAUUAUCUUUUUUUGUCUUUUUAGGUGUGACAUUGUACGAUCUGUGUCCAGGUACAGCAGAUGUUAAAUAGCCUUUUGACUAAUUCUGGCACAUUGUACAUUUUCAAAUGUAUUAUUGAUGUGCAUUGUUCCUGAAAAUAAAUAAAUUAACAUAAUAAAACAGUCAAACUUAUAGGCACCAAAUCAGAGGCUGUAUUUCUAUUAUCGUGUAGAUUUCUUACAAAGUAUUUAAAAAAUACAAAACACCAAAGUGAAAAUGA